UGGUAUAAAAGCAGUAGCAUUGCCCCCAAUGAAGUUCGUCCUCCUCCUCCCUGCCUUUGUGGCGCUCUUCACAAGCGCAAUGCUUACGGAGACGAGCAGGUCGUUCCAGCUCCUGUUGCUCCAGCACCUGGACCUCCCGCUCCCAUUGAGCAGCCUCCAGUACCUGUCGAACAACCAGCUCCACCAGCACCUGCCCAACCUUCAGGCUACAGAGCUAAGCGCAACGCUUAUGGAGACGAACAAGUAGCUCCUGCUCCUGUUGCUCCCGCUCCUGUUGAACAGGGACCAGUCCCCGUCGAGCAGCCAGCUCCAGCUCCAGACUGUGCUCCAGCUCAGCCCGCUGCUCCAGCUCAACCAUCGGGCUACAGAGCUAAGCGUAAUGCCUAUGGAGACGAACAAGUCGUUCCCGCCCCAGUGCCAGCUCCAGCUGCUCCUGCCCCUGUUGAACAAGCACCAGUCCCCGUAGAGCAGCCAGCCCCAGCUCCAGACUGUGCUCCAGCUCAGCCCGCUGCACCAGCUCAACCAUCGGGCUACAGAGCCAAGCGUAACGCUUAUGGAGACGAACAAGUCGUUCCCGCCCCAGUGCCUGCUCCAGCUGCUCCUGCCCCUGUUGAGCAAGGACCAGUUCCCGUCGAACAGCCAGCCCCAGCUCCAGACUGUGCUCCAGUCCAACCUGCAGCACCAGCCCAACCUUCAGGUUACAGAGCCAAGCGUAACGCCUACGGAGACGAGCAGGUAGCUCCAGCUCCAGGCCCAGCUCCAGUUGCUCCCGCCCCUGUUGAACAAGGACCAGUUCCCGUCGAGCAGCCAGCCCCAGCUCCACACUGCGACCCAGUCCCGCAGGUCGCUCCCGCUCAACCCUCAGGAUAUUGA